GUCAUCUUAGUUUGGUUUGAACUUAUAACUUCAGUAAUUCGACAUGAGUGAUAUCGGUGCUUCGAGUUCCAGACAGGAGCCUACGUCGCCUCGGUCCUUCGUAUCCAAGAAUGCACAAUCGAGCGGUGCAAGCGAUGGGGUUUCUUAUAAGAAUAGAAAUCAUCACGGGGGUGAACCUUCUCCCAACGUUGAGAACCAAACCAUUAAACCAAACCGUCCAAAUGUGUUGAUUCGGGCGUUCAGGUCAGUGUUUGGUUAUAGAAAGACAACCCUUACCUUUUUCAUUUUUUUGACUUUCAUUGCCACAGUAAUCAUUUCUAAGAUUGAUAAUAGUUUGGAUUACUCAGUCUCAAUGCCUGAAAACGAAUUGGAAUCUAAUAUCUUACAAGAUAGUUGGUUAUCAUUACAAAAAAUUGCGAAACUCAAACAUACCUAUGCUUCUGAAGGUAAUGAUUAUGUUCACGAUUAUAUUGAAAAAGAGAUCAAUUCAUUAAUUGAAAAUAAACAGUAUAUUGAAUACGAUAAUGAUUUGAAUUAUACUAACAAUGUUGCCUUUAAGACCAAAUAUUUGAACUACGAUAGUGUUGAUUAUUACGAAAGUAAUAAUUUACUCGUUAGAAUUAAUGGUUCUAAUGAAGAAUUACCCGCUUACUUGGUUAGUGCUCAUUUUGAUUCUGUUCCUUCAAGUUAUGGGGUCACUGAUGAUGGUUUUGGAGUUGCUUCAUUAUUGGGUUUACUUAAUUACUAUUCUAGCCCCAUGGUCGAUCAACCUUCGCGUACCAUUAUCCUCAAUUUUAAUAACGAUGAGGAGUUCGGCUUAUAUGGAGCCACUGCUUUCUUAUAUCACCCUUGGUUUAAACAAAUUAAGUAUUUCUUAAACUUAGAAGGUACCGGGGCUGGUGGUAAAGCUGUACUCUUCAGGGGUACUGAUAAUGGAAUUGUUAAGUUUUUCAAAAAUGUUAGGUACCCGCAUGCAACUUCCCUUUACCAACAAGGUUUCAACAAUGGACUCAUCCGUAGUGAAACUGACUAUAAGGUCUACAAAGAAAAGGGUUUGAUCAGAGGACUUGAUUUGGCUUUUUAUAAACCAAGAGAUUUAUAUCACACUGCCGGCGAUAGUAUUCAAAAUGUUAAUAUUAAAUCCAUGUGGCAUAUGUUAUCCAAUGCUAUUGAUUUCACUAAAACUAUAACUUCUCAAAAAUUGGAUAUCGAUGACGAGUAUUUGAAUUACGACAAUACUGAAAAUCAAUAUAACCAUGAAUUUUCCAUUUAUGCAAGUUUCCUUAACUGGUUUUUCUCAGCUCCAGUUUCUAAAUUACUUACUAUGAAUAUCGUUUUUUUAAUAAUUGUUCCAAUAGUUUCCAUUCCUCUUUUCUUCAUAUCCUUUUAUAGAAAAAAUUGGGAUAUUAAUUUUGUUAAUAUCAUCAAAUUUCCUCUCUCAUUCGGUUCUUCGGUUUUCUUAUUAAAUGGCAUUACAAAUGGUAUUGUGGUGAAGGUCAAUGAAUUUUUACCUAAUUCUUCACCGGGGUUAUUGGUGUCGACUUUAUUUUCGACGUUUUUAAUUCUUAACUAUCUUAUAUUAAAUGGUUUCAAUUGGCUUUUCAAAAGCUAUAAAGGGGUAAAUCAUGAUGAAAAAUUGAUUGUUAUUAUUGAAACUUCAAUUUUCUAUUGGGCUAUAUUGAUUUGGUCCACAAUUAAAAUCUCGAAUAAUAAAAUUGGAGAUGAUCAUACUGGAGAAUUUCCAGUCUUAUUGUUAUUUUUAGUCGAAUCAUUGGCAAGUUUCUUUGGUCUCUUGGGCUGGAGUAUUCAAAAGUCUAAAUCAAAAUUCAAAAAACAUUUAGAAAUUGAGGAUGCUCGUCCAUUACUAGGCUCAUUGGAUAGACAUUCUAAUUAUGGAUCUAAUGAUGAUCAUUUUGAUGAUUUGGAUGGAGAUUUUGACCAAACUAGUAACUUAUCACUUUAUGACUGGUCCAUCCAGUUUCUUCUUGUUGCUCCUUUGUCAUCAAUUAUUAUUUACAACACAGGAUUUUUACUCUUGGAUGGUUUAAUAAAGUCUAUUCAGGAAUCGUCAAAAGUCCAAGGCUAUAUAUUUGAUAUAAUAAAGGGCUUUGCUAUACUUUGGGCAUUACCAUUUUUACCAUUCAUUUUCAAAUUCAAUAAAAUUUUCAUCAUUGCUAUUUCUUGGUUAGUAAUCCUGGGAUUUGUUCAAAUAGCCUUGACUUCUCCUUUUGAUCAAGCAAAUCCUUUGAAAUUGAGAUUCAUCGAAACUGUUGAUUUGAAUCAUAAACCUAUUAGAAAUAUUGUUAAAGUGAGUGCCCGCGACAUACCUUUGGUAAGAGAUGUUUUGAAUGAUUUACCAUCAUUGAAGGAAUUAAAUACUACUGUCGAUGUUGAAUCCUUAAAUGAUGGAAUGGCACUCUAUUCUUACAAUACUGAAAUGGAUCCAAAAUUAGCCGAAGAUAUUGAUUCGUUGAGUUCAUAUAUACAAGUUAAUAUUAUCAAAAAUUCAUCAUCAAGUCAUGAUUAUCCAUUUGGAUUAUUAACUGGUGAAUUUAAACUCAAUGUUCCGAAAAACAGAAAUUGUAAACUAGACUUCAAUCUUUCGAAUACAGUUUCUGAACUUUACAAAGAUGAAUAUUACUUCAAGGAUACCCCAGUGAAGACUGUUAUUGUAUAUGCUGAGAAAACAAAUGAUAAUUCAACUGAUGAUGAGGCCUAUAGUCAAGGUAUUCCUGAUGGCUUUUCAAUAGACAAGAAUGGUAACUACGUCUUCAAAGACUUAGAUGGAAUUGACCUGUUUCAGUUGAACAAAUUAGAUUGGGAUAAGCCAUACCAUGUUGGCUUCCAAUGGGUUCCCCACAUAAUUGAUAUCAGCGAGGCCGAUAAAAAUAAAUUUAAUGAAAGGGCCAAAUUUAACAAGUUGGGCGUCAAUGUUCAAUGUUUCUGGGGAGAUGAUGGAUUCAUAACCGAUGAAAAGACGGUGAAAGAAAAGAUCCCUGCAUAUUCUGAGGUUUUGCAUUACUCCCCCAACUAUAUAAGUUGGGCUAAUGGUGGUAGAGGGUUGGUUGCCAUCGAGAAAUAUUUCGAGAUUUAA